GAAGCAAAGCAAAGUAGCUGCUUACUUGCCAUAUUUAUAGCCAUGUUUCUUCAUCUAAAGCAAAGUAUUUUCGAGUUCUUGAACCAAAAAGAUCAAACAAUGUCUAAAGAAGCUGAGAUGUCGAUCGCGGAUGCAUUAGUGGUGUGCCGGUUAAGAAAAAAUGCUGAUUUUCGGGCUAGUUCGAGUCAAAAGCAAAUGGAGGAUGGUGUUGUGCAAGACGAUGGCUAUGUUGGCCAAAGCGGUGGUACGGAAAAGAAGGAGAAAUCGAAUUCUGUUUAUGAUCAGCUACCAAAUGGUGACAUCGCAGAAUCAUCAAAUGUUGUUGAGGAGCAGGCCGAUACCGAUGAUGAUUGUUACGCCGAGAUUCUAAACGAUGAUAUAAUAAAGCUCGAUGAAGAAGCAUUGAAAGCUAGCCAAGCGUUUCGACCAACUAAUCCUACUCAUCAAGAAACAAUAUCCAGCGAGUCAUCGAGUAAGAGGUCUAAAUGUGGUAUAAAAAAGGAAUCAACGGAAACAAUGAAUUCUUACGCUUUGUUCAGGAUAAAGAACGUUGCCGGAACCGACUCUAGCUGGAGAUUCCCGAACCCGUUCAACAUCAAGAAAGAUUAUAGCCAGAUAUUGAUGAAGAAUGUUCUGGCCACUACUGUUUUCUUGGCUAUCUUAUUUUCUUUCUUUGGGACUGUAUUAAUUGCUAGGAACUAUACAUAUGGUUUUACCGAUGAAACUGAUCGGCAAGCGUUGUUCGAUUUUAAGUCUCAAGUUUCUGAAGACAAAAGAGUUGUAUUGUCCUCAUGGAAUAACUCAUUCCCUCUUUGCAAUUGGAAUGGAGUUACAUGUGGCCACAAACACAAGAGAGUUACUCGCCUAGACCUCGGAGGAUUGCAAUUAGGCGGAGUGAUAUCACCAUCUAUUGGUAAUCUUUCAUUUCUUAUAUCACUUAAUCUCACAGAAAACUCUUUUGUUGGUACCAUUCCUCACGAGGUGGGAAACUUGUUUAGACUUCAACACUUGAAUAUGAGCUUUAAUUUUCUCGAGGGAGAGAUUCCAGCAAGUCUUUCUAACUGCUCUAGAUUAUUGAACCUUGGUUUAUAUUCAAAUCAUCUUGGAGGAAGUGUUCCUUCAGAGCUAGGAUCAUUGACGAAGCUUGUUGGUUUAUAUCUUGGUCAAAACAACCUAAAUGGAAAGAUCCCUUCGUCUCUAGGAAAUUUGACGUCACUCAUAUUUCUUGGUUUGGCAAAUAACAACAUAGAAGGAGGAAUUCCAGAAGGUUUAGCUAGAUUGAGUCAAAUAGUUGAUCUUGAAUUAUCAAUGAACAAUUUCUCUGGUGUUUUCCCUCAUGCUAUCUACAAUUUGUCUUCACUUGAAUAUUUAUCCAUCUCUGCUAAUAGUUUCUUCGGUAGCCUGAGGCCUGAUUUUGGUAAUCUAUUACCAAAUAUUAGAACGUUAUAUUUGGAAGGUAAUCAUUUCACAGGAGCUAUUCCAGAAACACUUUCCAAUAUCUCAAAUCUUCAAGUGGUUGCAAUGGAAUAUAACAAUCUAAUGGGAAGUAUUCCUUUAAGCUUUGGAAAAGUACGGAAUUUACAACUCCUUGAACUUUAUGGUAAUUUUUUGGGAAGUUAUUCUUCUGGAGAUCUUGAAUUUCUUGGUUCUUUGACUAACUGCACCCAUCUACAGACUUUGAGUGUUGGUGAAAAUAGGUUGGGAGGUGAUUUACCUACCUCCAUUGCCAAUCUGUCCACAAACCUCAUCCAUUUAAGCCUUGGAAAAAAUCACAUCUCUGGAAGCAUUCCUAAUGAUAUUGGGAAUCUCAUAAGCCUACAAACAUUUCAGUUGGAGAAAAAUAUGUUGGUUGGACCACUCCCAACCUCUCUUGGUAAGCUAUCAAACUUGGGGAUAUUAAGUCUCUAUUCGAAUAGAAUGUCAGGAGAGAUACCAUUUUCGCUAGGAAAUAUCACUCGGUUAGAAAAACUAUAUCUGUCCAGCAAUAGUUUUAAUGGAAUUAUUCCUCCGAGUCUUGGAAAUUGUGAUUACCUUCUACGUUUAUAUAUGGGAUCUAAUAAGUUGAAUGGAACCAUACCUCGGGAAAUUAUGCAGAUUAAGACCCUUGUUAACCUAGGAUUGUCAGAUAAUUCAUUGACUGGCUCUUUACCAAAUGGUGUUGGAGGACUAGAACUUCUGGUUACACUAACCGUUGCGCAUAAUAAAUUAUCUGGAAAACUCCCACAAACCUUGGGGAAAUGUCUCUCAUUGGAAAAACUUUAUCUACAAGGAAAUUCUUUUGAUGGAGAUAUUCCAGAUAUAAGAGGUUUGGUGGGUAUUCAAAGAGUAGAUUUGUCAAACAAUAAUCUUUCUGGAAGUAUACCUGAAUAUCUUGCGAACAUAUCUUCGUUGGAGUAUCUCAAUCUAUCUUUUAACAACUUUGAAGGGAGGGUGUCAACAGAAGGAAAAUUUCAAAAUGCUACUAUAGUUUCAGUACUUGGGAACAAAGAUUUAUGUGGAGGUAUCAAGGAACUGAAACUAAAGCUUUGCCAUUCGAAAGCACCACCACUAGAGAAACAACAUUCUUCUAUUUUCAAGAAAGUUGUGAUUGGGCUUCUUCUCAAAUUUGACAAAGAGUCCUUUCUCAACCAACUAAGCUCGGCCGGCGUUAGAGGAACUAUCGGCUAUGCUGCACCAGAAUAUGGAAUGGGAGGACAACCAUCAAUACAUGGUGAUGUGUAUAGCUUCGGGGUUCUUCUUUUGGAAAUGUUCACUGGAAAGAGACCUACCAAUUUGUUAUUUGAGGGAAACCUUACCAUACACAGCUACACCAGGUCGGCGUUACCGCUAAGAGUGUUGGAGAUAGUAGACAAAUCGAUUAUUCGCAGCGGCCUAAGAAUUGGCUUCCCUGUUACUGAGUGCUUGACACUUCUUUUGGAGGUGGGACUUAGGUGUUGUGAAGAAUCUCCGACAAAACGGUUGACAACAAGUGAAAUCACAAAGGACUUAUUCUCAAUACGAGAGAGGAGCUUCACGCCAAGGCCAAAAUGUCCUCCACAUGUCCUUGAAUGGCAACAAGUGGUCGUGGAAGGUGACUCCGACGACUUGGUGAACCCUUCUUCGAAGAAAUUCAGAUGCAGAGCCGUCCGUGAGAAAGCGGAGGAGAUUGAGAAGAACACUUCGUCGCCGUCUCCUUCUUCCGCUGAAGAAGUUACCAAGAAAUAUGGCCUCGAAGUUGGUCUAUGGAAGAUAUUGAGCUCUAAGGAUGAUGAAGGAAGUGAUGGAGAGAAUAAGAAGAAGAGAUCAAAGACAGAUGAGGCUAAAGAGUUGCUUGCUAAGUAUGGUGGUGCUUAUCUCGCUACAUCUAUUACUCUUUCCCUCAUUUCCUUCUCACUCUGCUAUGUCCUUGUUACUUCCGGUGUUGAUGUUCAAGCUCUUCUUCUAAAGGUUGGGAUUUCGACGAAUGAGACGGGAGAGAAAGUAGGAGCCUUUGCUUUAGCUUACGCAGCGCAUAAAGCUGCAUCUCCGAUAAGGUUUCCGCCUACGGUGGCUUUGACUCCUAUUGUAGCCAGUUGGAUUGGGAAGAAAGUGGACAAGGAGAAGGAUGAGUAGUAGCUUAUUUUGAAGGUAUUAUAAUGUAGAUGUUCUAUAUAUUACUUGAUAAUCAACAUACAGAAUCCUAUACAAUCCUCGCUUCUCUACCUUGUAUGUAAAAAGAUUGAAGCAUAUCUGAAUAUGAUGAUGAGUUAGAAAGAUACAGAACCCAAGUUGUGAGAUAGUUUUAGACUUGUCUAUCUAAGAUCUGGUUGCUUGGAAAUUACGACUUUACUGUUCACUUACUCUAGACAUCUGGUAAGAGGAAGAAGUAGUUGUCAAAUGGUUGGGAAGGAUCUCUGUGAUCCAGCAUAUGACCUGGAUCGUUUUGGUGAUGCAUUUUAACUUGUGCUCUAUUUGUGUCCAUUUCUGUGUACAUGGUGGAGCUUGUAUUUUCUCGAAUUGGUUCAAGAUAUGUAAGACCUUGACAAGGACCGGUGACAUUAUUCAUGCAACAAUUCUAUGCAAAGUUGAGUAAGUGUAGUUUUUGGGAGAUGUAGAUUAGAUUUCUCGGACAUGUUGUUGACACUCCAGCUUCUGAGACAACAUGUCCAAGAAAGAUGAUCUACCUCU